AUGUUGGGUCGUUCACAAGUUGUUGCAGAGAACACGGCACGCGUCUACUUCCAACAUAUGCGACGAAUGGCACACGUGAGUUUUUUUUUUUUUGAAGUCUGUGACGACCAUCCUUUUGAAUUGGCUUCGAAAAACCAUUGAGGGUCCUGUACAUGCCAAUCAUUUUUCCAGCACACCGAGAAAGGAUUGUUCGGCAAUGCUUUCGACAAAACCAAAGAGCUUGCUACAGACACCAACGACAAGCUGAAAGAAGCCCUAAAAGCUGCGAUCGGCGGAGAGACUGCGAACACUGAGGCCGUCGCCAGCACCUCGGAUGAAGACUCUCGUAGUUUGUUAGGAUCGGCUGCGGAAAAGGUAGCUGUUCUCUUUUAGACUUGAAAUUAGGCCGACUAGGGCAGGCUUGUGCGAGGGCCGGCCCGUCAACCUCUCGGCCUCCGGCCACUUUCCAAGCCCGGCCCUAGGAAGGCCGUAAACAAAAAUGAUUGGCCCGGCCCGAAAAACUUAAAUUCUGUUCAAGUCGAUUUUUUCGCUUUUUUAACGAGAAAAUUGGUAUUUUUGCUUAUUUUUUCUCAUAGAGUUAUUAGAAACUAUGAUUCAAGAAGUAAAAAUAAUUUUUCCGUGAAAUUUUUUCAAAAUGAAAUUUAAGAUUUCUUUCGAAGUCCGGCCUGGCCCGAGCCCGUGCAGGCUUUUUUUUAAAAUAAUUUUAGGCCCAAAGCCCGGGCCGGGCCGCCCGGCCUGACGCACAAGCCUGGACUAGGGUCAGCUGUCAGUGCUCCAUGGAGAAUCCUUCCCGUUUGUAUACUUUUUCUCAAAUCAUGAUGUUGACGAAAAUAAAUUCAAAUCUUUUCAGAAAAAUGAACUUCGAGAGAACUUGUCCGAAGCUCUCGAAAGUCUAAAAGAAAAGGUCGCCGAGCAAUGGGAGGUUAUGACUGGCGUUGAAGCUCCAAAGGAUGAGCUCAACGCCCAAGAAAACUACGAGAACCUAUCUGGUAGCGACCAGCAAAACGUAGGUUUUUUUUGUUGAAUACUUAUUUCUAUUAGUUUUUAAUCUACAUGUACUUAAAAGUUUUCGAAGAAGUUUAAACAUGUUUUAAUUUUUGAAUUUUAGCUUCCAAUCAACAGCUUCCCUGGUCACGAUCUUCCCAGAAACGCCAGCGACCAACUAAGACAAUAA